AGAGUAAUGGCAUGAGCCUUGCGUCGAGAUCCUGUCAAAGCACUAAACAGCUAAUUUCUCGCACCUGAACUUUUACAUUCUUUCCUGAGGACUAUUUUACCAUUUAAACUGGACGUCUUAUUUCCUUAUUUACACUGACAAGCAACAGCAGCACUUGAGAAGUCACUCCACCGCAGUUGCGUUCCUGUCUUAAGACAUUUAAAAUAAAAGGAUAUGGUGUUGGACAUGUGAAACACACGGGCAACUUCAAAAAUGAAGCUGGCAUCUUCUCUGUGUUGCCUCGGGUUUCUUCUCACUUCUGUGGCGGUCCGUCUCAGCGACUCGCAGCAAGUAUGUACUGGCACAGAGAAUAAACUGAGUACUCUGUCAGAUCUGGACCAGCAGUAUCGGACCCUUCGUAAAUACUACGAGAACUGCGAGGUGGUGAUGGGUAACCUCGAGAUCACCAGCAUCGAUCGCAGUCGUGACCUGUCAUUCCUUAGGUCCAUUCGUGAGGUGACCGGCUAUGUGCUUGUGGCGCUAAAUCAGUUUGAAUAUCUGCCCCUGGAGAAUCUUCGCAUCAUCCGUGGCACCAGGCUAUAUGAAGACCGCUACGGCCUGGCUAUCUUCCUCAACUACCGCAGAGACGGCAACUUCGGUCUCCGUCAGCUUGGCCUUAAGAACCUCACAGAAAUUCUGAAUGGAGGUGUGUAUGUGGACCAGAACAAGUUCCUGUGUCAUGCUGAUACCAUCCACUGGCAGGAUAUAGUGAAGAACGCCCGCCCUGAUCACCUGGUUGUGCCGUCUAAUAGCAGCAGCUUCUGUCAGAGGUGUCAUAGAGCUUGUAAUGGACGCUGCUGGGGGCCAAAGGAGGACCAGUGUCAGAGCUUGACGAAGACAGUGUGUGCCGAGCAGUGUGAUGGCCGCUGUUUUGGGCCGUACGUCAGUGACUGCUGCCAUCGCGAAUGUGCUGGAGGCUGUUCAGGACCAAAGGACACAGACUGCUUUGCUUGCACUAACUUCAACGACAGCGGUGCAUGUGUGACGCAAUGCCCACAGCCCUUCGUCUACAACCCCACCACAUUCCAGCUGGAGCACAACCCGCGGGCCAAAUACACAUAUGGAGCCUUCUGCGUCAAAAAGUGCCCACAUAACUUUGUGGUGGACCACAGCUCCUGUGUCAGAGCCUGUCCCAGCAACAAGAUGGAGGUGGAGGAGAACAGGAUCAAGAUGUGCAUCCCCUGCACUGAUAUCUGCCCUAAAGCAUGUGAUGGGAUUGGCACUGCCAGCCUUCAGACAGCUCAAACCGUCGACUCCAGCAACAUCGACAGAUUCAUCAACUGCACCAAGAUCAACGGAAACCUGGUGUUCCUCAUCACAGGCAUUAAAGGGGACAUAUACCACAACAUAGAGCCCUUGGAUCCAGAGAAACUCAAUGUGUUCCGCACCGUUCGAGAAAUCACUGGUUUUCUAAACAUUCAGUCCUGGCCAGAAAACAUGACUGAUUUGAGUGUCUUCUCCAAUCUGGCAACCAUCGGAGGCAGGUCUCUCUACAGUGGCAUCUCUCUUCUGGUGCUGAAGCAACAGUGGAUUUCAUCACUGCAGCUGCAGUCUCUUAACGAGAUCAGUGCUGGAAACGUGUAUGUCACCAACAACAGCCAACUUUGCUACUACAACACCGUCAACUGGACACGACUCUUCCGCACCAACACUCAGAAAGCCCUGAUCCGCAACAACCGCAACCCUAAGGAGUGCAUUUUGGAUCGUAUGAUAUGUGACCCGCUGUGCUCUGAUGCUGGCUGCUGGGGCCCGGGGCCCAACCAGUGCCUGUCCUGUCAGUUCUUUAGCAGGGGACGCACCUGUGUUGAAUCCUGCAACCUGCAUGAAGGGGAUGUACGUGAGUUCGCAAAUGGUUCAGUGUGCUUGGAGUGUGACGCACAGUGUGAGGUAGCAGAUGAUGAUGGUCUAACCUGCACUGGGCCUGGUCCUGAUCACUGUGUUAAAUGUCUUCACUUUAAAGACGGACCCAACUGUGUGGAGAAAUGCCCUGAUGGCCUACAGGGAGCAAACAGCUUCAUCUUCAAAUAUGCUGAGGCCAACAACGAGUGUCACCCCUGCCAUGUCAACUGCACCCAGGGAUGCACAGGGCCUCGUCUGCAAGACUGCAUUGGCAUGAUGGACAGGACUCCCCUCAUUGCGGCUGGGGUUAUUGGGGGAUUGUUUGUGGUGAUCAUUGUGGGCCUGAGUGUUGCUAUAUCAGUCAGAAGGAAGAGCAUCAAGAAGAAGAGAGCCUUGAGACGCUUCUUGGAGACUGAGUUGGUAGAGCCUCUGACGCCCAGCGGUGCGGCCCCAAACCAGGCCCAACUGCGCAUUCUGAAAGAGACCGAGCUGAAACGGGUGAAGAUUCUGGGAGCUGGGGCCUUCGGCACCGUCUACAAGGGCAUCUGGGUUCCUGAGGGUGAGACUGUGAAGAUUCCCGUUGCCAUAAAGAUCUUGAACGAGGCGACGGGCCCCAAAGCCAAUGUAGAGUUCAUGGAUGAAGCUCUGAUAAUGGCCAGCAUGGAGCAUUCUCACUUGGUGCGGUUAUUGGGUGUGUGUCUGAGCCCCACCAUACAGCUGGUCACUCAGCUCAUGCCCCAUGGCUGUCUGUUGGACUACGUGCAUGAACACAAAGACAACAUCGGCUCCCAGUUGCUGCUCAACUGGUGUGUUCAGAUCGCCAAGGGAAUGAUGUACUUGGAGGAGAGGAGACUUGUGCACAGGGAUCUGGCGGCUCGGAACGUCCUAGUGAAGUCACCCAACCAUAUAAAGAUCACUGACUUCGGUCUGGCUCGCCUUCUGGAUGCAGAUGAGAAGGAAUACAAUGCAGAUGGUGGCAAAAUGCCCAUAAAGUGGAUGGCCUUGGAGUGUAUCCACUAUAGGAAAUUUACCCACCAGAGUGACGUAUGGAGUUACGGAGUGACUAUCUGGGAGCUAAUGACUUUUGGAGGAAAGCCGUACGAUGGAAUCCCUACCCGAGAGAUCCCUGACCUGCUGGAGAAAGGAGAGAGGCUUCCUCAACCUCCCAUCUGCACUAUUGAUGUCUACAUGGUCAUGGUCAAAUGCUGGAUGAUAGAUGCAGACAGCAGACCAAGAUUCAAGGAGCUUGCAGCAGAGUUCUGCCGAAUGGCAAGAGACCCACAACGUUACCUAGUCAUCCAGGGGGACGACCGCAUGAAGCUGCCCAGCCCCAAUGAUAGUAAGUUCUUUCAAAGUCUACUAGAUGAGGAAGAACUGGAGGAUCUGAUGGAUGCCGAGGAGUAUUUGGUGCCACAAGCCUUCAGUAUUCCUCCACUGGCAUACACAACCAGAUCACGCAUGGACCCCAACAGAAACCAGUUUGCAUACCAGGACGGCAGCUUCGGCAUGGAGGAGAUGAUGGCCACUAUCCCGCGGGUCGUGGCUGUAUCCGCGGUCAGCCCGGGCUGUUCCGCUCAGAAGCAGUCUAUGGCCCAGCAGGGGGCCUCAGGGUCCUCUGAGGCAUUUGAAGACAGUCGCUGUAAUGGCACUCUCAGGAAGAAGGCUUCACCCAGGGCGAGCACUGGGGAGGACAGCAGUGGCCAGCGGUACAGCGCAGAUCCAACCGUGAUACUGUGUGAGCGUGGAGCCAGAGCUGAGCCCGACCAGGAUGGAUACAUGAGCGCUAUGCAGGACAAAAAGCCCUCAGAUUAUCUCAACCCCGUGGAGGAGAACCCUUUUGUCACCCAUCGAAGAAACGGAGAGGUCCAUACUCUGGAGCGAGGUUACCACAGCACCUCCAACGGGCAGCCCAAGAUGGAGGAUGAGUACGUCAAUGACCCGCUGUACCUCAACACCUUCCACAACUCUGGGGAAAAAAGCCACGACAUUCUUAGGAAGAACGGAGCCCCUGUGGCGCACACGGCAGUGGCAGCAGCAGUAGUAGCAAAUGCUGGAACUUCCAACAGCCAAAAUCUUUCCCAAACCGUGCAACCAGCAGCACCCAGUGCCCACAUCACAACACAGCCGCUGUACCAAGGCAAACAAAGCAUUUCCACCCUCUCAGGCCACACCCUCCACUCCGCCCAUCCCGGACACACCCUCCACCCGACACACACCCUCCAUCCCGCUCACUCCGGGACCAUCAAAGCCGACAUAAAGCCCAAAAAGACAUUUGACAAUCCUGAGUACUGGCAGCACAGUCUUCCCCCCAAGGCCACUCUCCACAACCCGGAGUAUCUGCAGGACUGCAGCACACGCUUCUUCUAUCGGCAGAACGGCCGGAUCCGACCCGCCGUAGCCGAGAACCAGGAGUACCUGUCAGAGUAUGCGCUAAAACCGGGCACCGUGUUGCCGCCGCCCCCCUACCGCCAGAGAAACACUGUUGUGUAGCAACAACGACAGAGACAAAGAAAGAAAGAUGGAGGUAAAGAGAGAGUCAUGGUGUGUUCUCACCCUGGCUCUCACACCAGCAUCCUGAUCUCUCCGCUCCUCUCUGAACUGGAUUUCACACCCAACCUCCAACGACCUGGAACUGAUCCACUUGGGUGAGCUUCUCCUCCGGAGGCACUGGUCACAUAUGACCACAUCAAUCAAAGCUCCUUCCUGCUUGUCUCUCCUCACUCCAAUCACCAUUAAGACCUUUCCCCCUACCUGACCCCAACUACUGAAAAGCGAUACUGUUCCCAAUAUAAAAUACUGUAGAUGUUACGCUCAUCUCAUUGAAAGCAAGUACUGUUUAUGACAUGCAACGUGGGUCGAUCCAAUAGCAGAGAGGAGUCAUUCUUUUGUGCAAUUACAGAAAUGUUUAUUGUUUAUCUUGUUUUUGGGAUUUUGAUUUGAAGCUACGAAAUGAUCUGUUGUAAUUUAUGACUUUGCUUAACAUAAUUUGUUUUAGCACUCCAUACAUGAUUAUGUGAGACAGAUGUGUUGUACUGGGAAUAUCGUCAUGGGCCCUGAGAUGAGGGUCCAAAAAGGUCCUUGAUGUCGCCUACUAACGGAAACUCAUAAAAAUGUAAGCGACAGGCCUGGUUGUAUGCUACAUACAAAAACAUAUGUUCAUUACAGUGUGGUGUCAACCUGGACCUUUGAUCACAACCUUCUCGGAUGGCACAUCUUCAAAAGACAAUUGUGUGAUGUUCUGUUCGAAAUAUCUCCAUAAUUCAUGUGUUUUUAUGCACAUAUAUCAUAUUACUCAAACAAGGCACUUUUUAUUACUUAUAUUGAGCUGUACUUACAAUUCGCAAGACUGGAACGAUUCACAACUGGAAACAGUCCAGCGGUUCGCAUUAGACGUCUGUAAAACUACAUGUGUGAAGGCAAUUUAAUGAAGAGAAGCACUCCGUGCUGAGAACAGUAUCAGCCCGCAUAUGAACGAGACCCGCCACAAAAUCAAUAACUUCAUAAAAGCAGAUCUGCAACAGUCUACUGUAAUAACAUUUUUAUUGUCGAUCUAGACAGCAUUGAUCUCUACGCUCACGGAGUUGUCACCUUAAGGUAGCCUUCCUUAUUUUGUCAUUUAAUGUGUGGGAAAAAAAACUCAGAUUGGGUCUACCUUGAACUUUAGAAGCUAAAAUCAAUACUAGCGACCAACAGCGUCCACGUAGACGGAUCUACUGCGGCGAAUGGAUAUUUACACAGCUACGGAGGCCCAGGUUUGCACGGAAGACUCAACAGCACACAACGCCUGGCUCCAGUUCUGAAAUACGGCCGGAAAACUGUUACAACUGUAUGAAACUUUAUCCACGCGCGAGUCAAUGAGAUGCACAAGACUUGCGAUCAAGAUGGCAGCUUUUUGUAGCUGGGUACAUUAAAACUGCAGCAAUGAGAGACAUUUUGGAAUCGAGAAGACAGGAGUACCAUCAUACAGUACUAUGAGGAACAAAUGAGAACGUACGAAUGGAAUAUUUGCCCCGAGGUCAGAGAUGAGACCGCCUCAAAUCUGUCAUCUCCAUUUGAACUGUCUCCCUUAAUAACUUUUCUAUAAGAAGCAUCUCAUGGAGCCAAAAGGAUACAAGUUAAGGAAGAUAAUGCAGCUUAUAUGAGCAUGUUGGAAAACAACUGCUACAUCUUCAACCACGCCAUCCCGGUUUCUAGGGCGAGAUUCAUGUAUAGUUUUGAACACUGCCAGUCACUAUGCUUUGCUAAGAGGAAUAAUAAUGAUGUUGUGUUGCUGGUUUGGAGAUGUGAAAUGGUUUUAUAGCACUUACAGCCUGGCACAGCCGCAUGAGUUUGUUUUAAACACCAACGGCGCUGAUUGAAUACUCAUUUAUUAUAAUCAUAGCUCACAUGACGAUAGCAAACACCACCCGCCCACAUACGUUUGUUUUGCUCUGUCUUUUUUUUUCCUUUGUAUGAAGGUUUACGGAUACAUGGAGCACUUUAAUUAAUGAACAUAACAAAGAUAGAGUGGAAUUCCUUUCAUUGUGGAUAUUGCUGUUCCCAUGUAAUAACAGAUUAGACAAAUGACAUUUUUGGCUCUCUACUGGAAACAAAAUCAGGGAAUGUUAGUGACGCGCAGUAAUUUUGCCAAACACAGAUGUUUACUAACUGAAGUAUUUAUCUCAAGCUUUUAACCUUAAAAAUAAUAUGAUUAGAGCAGAACUUAAGUUGGGUUGCAGUAAAAGAACGCUAAGAUUACCUAUAACAAUAAUAUAAGAUGUCUUUACAAGAUGAAACUGAUACUUGAAACUGCUUCAUUUUAGCUCCUAUAGAAUUUGGAAAUGUUUUAAAAGUUAUGAAGUACAUACAGUGUGUAGAACUAAGGCCAAAUGAUAUUUUUAUUCAUUUGUUUUUUGUAUUUGUGACAAAACCCAAUGCAUAGUUAUGUAAAGGCUUUCGGUUAUGGUUAUGAAAAGCUUAAAGUAGUACAUCCUCCAUGAAAACGCUCUUGCUUAUUGUUCCAAGAGGGUUGAAGCUUUCAUUUGCCGUAUGGGGGAUGGACAGCUCUUCUCUCAACCCAAUUAAAGACAAGAACCUCAUGCACAUGCUACUGAUAACAUCACCGCAGGUCAGGGUGUCUAAAUCUACAUAUGUAGCAACUGCUGUGAAUACAGGGUGGGGAAAUUUCUACUAAAUCUUUCGAGUGAGGAACAACUACACCAAAAUGGAGGGGAAAUGGGAUAUUAGAGACUGUUUGAAAAGGCUUUCACAGUUAAAGACUGUUAGAGGAUGGGACUCAUUAUAUUUGGAAACAUUUCCACUUUCUGGGAAAUAUUGUUUCGUUGGAGCACAAACAUUUUGUCUCGCUGCACAUUGUUAAUUGGUGACUCACUUUUAGCAGAAUUUAGAAGAACACAAGACAGACAUCUUGACAUGAACUUGUGUAAAUAUAACUGAAUGACUUGGAGAUGAUUAUGUGAAGAGUGGUGAGAUAUUGGUGAAGGCUUAUAUUCCCCUUUUUUUUUGCAUAAAAAGAUCUGAUGGGUGAGUUCACUAAGAAUGAAACCUCUGAUUGCGUUGUUUAAUGGCAGAUGCGACCGAUUCACUAAAAUAAUUAUGCAGAUCAGGUAACGGUACAAAUGCACACAGAGAAUCUGUGUUGAAUGCAAUUUGUAAAUCCCGAUCUUGGUUGUGAAUACUUGAACCUCCAGCACUGAGAUCCAGACACUUGAAUCAACUCUUUAAAAUGCUUAAAGUGCACUUUACUACAACUCACAUCUGGAUAUAUGACUGGUGGUAAUGUUCUUCUCCAUCACUCAUUCAACAUUUGAUGAAUUAUGUACGCAAAAUGUAUGCAAACAUCUGUUUAAAAUGUAAACCGGCCUGAUUUCUGUCAGGAGUAAUAGGCCAGUAGUUAAGUUGAAUUUACAUAAGGCGUGUCUGUGCUGAAAACUAUGACAUUUAAAUAAAGUGCGGAACUAUUUUACCACUUUUAGAGUAUGGUUGAACUGGAUUGUUGGUGAUGGGUUAGAAAGUACAGGGUUUUGAGUUGUAUCAAAUGCAUCAAAAGUGGUGCGACUGUUUAGGCCCCGUUUACACUAAUGCGUUUUUGUUUUAAAAAUCCUUUCCACAGCGUUUCAGAAACAAUCUACACUACACGGCCGAAAACGCUUGUCACAUGACUGUUCAUACACACCUGGGCAUGCACGUGCAAGUGUGAACAGUUGCCUCUUGUGCAUGUAGGCAGCUGCAGUAUUAAAAAAAUGCAGAGUUUAACUGCACAAUGGCUGCUAAAAAUGACAACGAAGCCAGCAAAGAUCGCAGUUCAGUCUCAAUGUUAUUGUUUACACGGUUGUCAAAGAUACGUAGAGCGAACGUGGGCAGCCACACCAUCGUUUUCAAAAGUCUCCGUUUUGGUCCGUUUACACUGAAACGCAACCCUGGCAUUUUCAAACUAAAAUGGGGUCUGCAGCGUUUUCGAGGUUCGAACAUGCUGGCGUAGUGUAAUUGACAGGCGUAACUGUAUAGAAGAACUUAUGCGUUUUAAAACGAAAACGCACUAGUGUAAACGGGGCUUUAGUGAAUUCACCCAUUGAUCUUUUUUUUUUUUUUAUAUGUGAUUUAGGCACAUAAAAUCCCCUUCAUAUGUUUAAAAUGGGCCCUAUAACGCUAAAAGAAUUUAUAAUGACCCUGCCAUCAUAUAUUUUACAGUACAGAGAGGCAAUAAGCUUUACAAAGUACAAUGUAUUUCAGUUUAUCACAUUACUGUUAGGGUACUUAGAAUAUGUUAGGGCAUUUAAUGUUUAACACAAACUAUUUAAUUCUUUUGCAGUGUUAUUGAGUCUACCAUUGCUGAUCUGAUCAUGUGUAUUUGCAUAUCAAAUUUGCAGUGUCAGAUGGAAACAAGCACAAGUUGUUGUUUUUUUAGGGGUCCUUCUCAUUAGUUGUGCCCCUUUUUGUAUUUUUUAUCAUUUAUUUUCUAUGCUCACCGGAACUUAUUUUGCAUGUGUCAAGGUAUUCGGAAAGUAUCGGUAGACUAAGCACAGUUUAAAAAAGUCAUUUUAUAUCACAAAGGACAAAUAAAGGGAAGAAAACAUCAUCCUGCAACAUUGACAUUUGGAAUGGUUGUUCCUCAUGAUUUUACUACUGUACGUCAAUGAGAAAAUGUAAAUAGUAUUUUUAUAGACAGUUGAAUUGGCCAGAUGUAUUUGUAAAUAGCUGGGAAACUUGCGCUGUUUUCGACUGACCUUUUGUUUUCCCGUUAUGUUUUGUUCACUUAUAUUGUGUGUGACUGGUUAUUCUUAGUUGAUGGCUGUAUAUAUCUGUAAUUUGAACAGCACAUAUUUGAUUUUGUAGAUCUUGCAGGUUCUUUUAGUACUUCGGUGUGUUUUUUCGUGACCGUAUGUAGCCCGGCUUGGUGCUUUUUGUGUUCUUUAACCUCUGGCCAUGCUCAAGAGGUAGAUGUUUUCUUUCUGUCAGGUAUAGCCUCCCCUUCACCCCACAAUUUUCUCUUUUUGUACAGAAUCCAGCGUGGGGAAUCUGCAGCUGUGUGCCGAUAGCAUUUGUAUCUCCCAGGAAUCUCUCUCAACUCCAGUUAGGCUUUUUCUUACUUUAGUCCUGGUCAUAUCGGUAGUGUCUAGUUCUUUCUCAGUAUAUAAUUCAUAAUCAUGCACAAUCUCCCAUCUCUUUUCACAUCUGCAGCCGACCACACGGUGAGCUCAGGCUUAGCCGAGGGUUGCGAGCGCAAACGUGGUGAAAAAUGAAGGCGAAAGCCACAGUCCCUGAGCUCAACCUUCUCAAAUACAUCCGCCACAGUGUUCCUCCGAGAGAUUCAUAAGUCAGAGUUUAUUAUUCAUGCUGUCAAGAGGACUAAUUGCCUGGAGUGUUCAUUUGGCCGUAUUGUUAUUGAGUGACGGCUCGUCAAAACUGAAGUCAAGUCUUGUCAUUUUUGAUCCAGGCAAACGGUGAGAGUUGAGACGCCCAUCUUCAGCUCUGGUCACAGUAACUUUCUCCACCACAGCUUUCCCAUUCCCUAAAGCUAGAGCAUUUAAAUACUGUUUCACAGUUUUGUUACCUGAAUCUAUAUUUUUAAUUUAAUAUAAAUAAAUAAAUAAAUACAACACCUGAUAUGUGAGUCUCUGUG